UUCGUUUGUUUUUCCUCAGAGAUGUUUCCCGUCUUGAACAUGUUUAGGAUCGGGUGUAUAGGCGUGAAACUGAGCAGGACGGUCACGAAUGCCGCUGCUUUUGCGCAGACGCAGCGCCGCUACAGCACAGGUGAACAGGACCGCAGCUUGUUUGGGCUUCUGUUUGACAUUGAUGGAGUCCUGGUACGUGGUCGGACGCCCAUCCCUGCAGCUAAACAGUGUUUUAGGGACCUGGUGGACGGCGAUGGGAAAUACAAGGUGCCUGUGGUGUUUGUGACGAACGCAGGGAACUCUCUCCGGCAAACCAAAGCCGAGCAGCUCUCUCACCUUCUGGAGGUCGAGGUGUCACCGGAUCAGGUGGUGCUGUCCCACAGUCCUCUGAGGGUUUUCACUCAGUUCCAUGACCUGUGCGUGCUGGUGUCCGGACAGGGACCCGUGGUGGAAGUUGCACACAAUAUAGGUUUCAAGAACGUCGUGACCAUUGACAUGCUAAGGGAGGCGUUUCCUCUCCAGGACAUGGUGGAUCACCAUCGCAGACCCAAAGACAUUAUUCCCCCAUCUAAAGGUUUGCCACCAAUAGACGCUGUCGUCCUGUUCGGUGAGCCUAUCAGGUGGGAGACGAACUUACAGCUGAUUGUUGAUGUGCUGCUGACCAAUGGGAGGCCAGGAAACACAGUGACAUCACUGCAUUACCCACACAUCCCUGUGCUGGCCUGUAACAUGGAUCUGCUGUGGAUGGCUGAAGCCAAAAACCCUCGAUUCGGUCACGGCAUGUUCCUCGUGUGCCUGGAGAGCAUCUACAAGAAGAUAACCGGCUGUGAGCUGAAGUACGAGGCUCUGAUCGGGAAGCCCAGCGUUGUGACUUACAACUACGCCGAACUGCUCAUUAGACAACAGGCCGAGAGUCUGGGCUGGACCCGGCCGGUCGAGAGGCUUUACGCCAUUGGUGACAACCCCAUGGCUGAUAUUUACGGCGCAAACCUGUACAACCGCUACCUCAAAGCGAUGCAUCGCAGCCGGGCGCAGGCGCAGGCGCAGGGGGGCUCGGCCAGUCAGGUGACCGGAGACCUGGCGUGUGAAGCGUCCGACGAUGCCAAAUGCUCCGGGCAGGUGAUGGUGGGAGGCUCGUUCGAGCACCGUCCUCCCGAAGGCUGCAGCUCAAUCCUGGUCUGCACGGGCGUCUACAACCGAGACCAACAGGACCCCGAGCAGACGGUCCCGGAGCAGCGCAUUUUCCACGGUCACCGGGACUUCCGCUUGGACCCCAGCCUGACUCAGCCGUCCUUCAUCGUGCAUGACGUCCGGGAUGCGGUGGAGUUGGUCUUCCAGCUGGAGGGGUGGCCGCUGCAGUAAACCCACAUCUGUUAUGCCAUAUCCACACAGAACAGAAUCAAUCAAGCUGUCUACAUAGGAAGUGUUAUUUGCGUCUUAUGAUUUUAAAAAAAAAAAAUCUUUUUUCUUUUUUUACAUUUUAUUUUACUUGCAAAAAUCAGUUUUAUUUCUUAAAUCCUUAUGCAUGUCAUUUUUUGUGCCUUGUCCUUCCAUUUAAAUCAUAUUUUGAACAAAUAUUUAGGACCGCAACAGUGUCGGCCCACAUCUAGAACCAGACGUGGACACUGGGAUGAUAGCCCAUUAUAACCCACUGUAAAUAAGGUAAUUGUAAUGAUCUAUUGUCAGUAGUGUUUGAAGCACUGCUCGUGCUCGGUGUGUUAUUUUUAACAGAACUCAAUUAAACAAACAUUUACUUUUUAUGCAACUGCAUAAACUAAACGCCUUUUCUACUGUAGAGUAAAAACACUUUUGCUCAUAAUUGACUUCAUAUGUCACGAUGUUACUUUAUAUCUUACAAUGCGUCUUAUUUCUUAUUUCAUAAAUGUUUUCUUAAGGUGCGGUGACAUUUACAGUUGUGAGAGUGACAAACCAAGCUGCUUUCUGAGAAUCUGUGACCAGUUUAAACCAGUUAUGGGAAAAUAUUUCGCCGUCACGUAAAAUUCCUAAUCAUGGAUGUUCAUAUUGGAUUUCGCCCACAGAAAUUCGCAGAAAAACUGUAGAUGUGACUGCACGAGCAGAGCAAAGGUUGGUGUAAUCUGAAUUAAAUGCAGCAAUUCACGCAAGACUGAUGUAAGAGUUUGAAUGACGUUUACAUCUAGACAUUAUUUGGGAAAGGUUUCAGAAAGCUGCACUUAAAAAUGAAGGAUCUUUAUUGGCACUGAUGGAGAACAUGUAACAUCCAUGGAAUCUUUCCAUUCCACAAACGAUUCUGUAGAUUCUAAAUCUUCACAUUAAGAAAAAAAUGGUUCUUUUUAGAAUGUUCUCCAAAAAAACGUUUCAUUCUAUGGCAUCGGUGUGAAACCUUUAAUUUUAGUACGUUCACACGCACAAGGUUAAAUGCUGUUAGUGAAGUCAUAGGCUACUAGUUAAUGGAAAAAACACUGCCAUUGAAAGGAGGAAAUUCAUUUUUUCUCUCCAGUAGGGUUUAAAUAUUUUGUGUGUGUUCGCCUAGUACACGUACACCUCGGUUAGUUUGUUUAAAUGUGAACACUUUGGUUUGCUGUAACGCUGUACCUCUUAAGAGCCGCUCACACUGUACGUUCAUUAUCUGCAGCUGUUUUAAGAUAAUUACGUACAAAAAGUGUGUUUUGUAUUUUUUUUUUAAAUGUUCUGUCUAGAUAUUUUUGAACUGAGCAGUCAUUGUUUAUUGUUGGUUUUAAAUAAUUUAACACACAAAUCCCUCAAGUAACAUUGUGUCCUUUAAAUAUAUUGUUUUAUGUUCAGAAAGAACAAAGAAUGCAUUUACUGACUCACUGUUUUUGCAUUUUAUUGUACUGUACACAACCUGCUGCAAAAUAAAAGUGCAGAAAAACAGAACAAGAAAAACAUCAUAAUUGUAUAAGUUUACAGAGUUUGUUCAUUAAAUGCAACUGCCUUUUC